AUGAUGUUACGCGAAAUAUCCUCAUUAGAACAGUAUUUUUAUUACAGAUGUAAAUUACACUUACAUUCGUGCUUUUACCUUGCAGUUACAGUAAAUAAUAUUCCAUCAAAGGCUCUAUUAGGAUAUGCAUUGCAAGAGACUAUUAAAAAAUACCCACAAACCCAUUGUACUGUUACACUAGACUCACCAGAUUCUCCACCAAGGAUCAAGGAACUCUCGGAUUCACCAAUUUACUUUGAUGAUGUCGUAGAGUAUUCAAAAUGGGAAUCACUCGAUGCUAAUAAUAUGAAUACUAUCUUUAAAGAGUAUGGCUUUCCCUUUGAUAACGGUAAACCAUUAUGGAAAAUCAUUGUACUGGAGAAGGCUAACCAGUUAGUAUUUGUGCUAAGUCAUAUAUUCUUUGAUGGUAUGUCAUCCACUAUUUUUACUACAACAUUUAUGGAGCAUUUAAACGGUAAAUUUGAUGGCUCUAAAAUGGCAGAUAACUGUCUGCUCUAUACAUCAUCACAGGAUGUAGAGAUAGCCGUGCAUGCUUACGAUUUAUGGCCAGUUCCAUUGAAUUGGAAAAUAAAAAGACAAUUAGUAAAAUUAUUGUUAAAACUUUCACCUGGUAUAGUUACUGGCAGUGAUGCGAAUCUGUUGCAGUUUAAAAACUACAAUUUCCCUGAUGAUUUUGCUAAAGUUCCAACAGAUGAAAUCGAUACAUUUACUGUAAACAAUGAUAAUAUUCAAAGAGUACUAAGGUUCCCACCGGAACAAUUGAAAACAAUUUUAACUAAAUGUAAAGAAGAGAAAGUUUCAUUAACUUCUUUCCUAACGGCAUUAUUUUCAAUUGGUUUGAAUAAUGUAUCGGAUGAUGUCCUAAGGAAUGGCAAAUCAUUUUUGGUUAAUAUCCCAAUGAAUACCCGAGCUAUUUGCAAAGAGUACUUGAAAAUUGAUGACUCAGCUUUACAAAUGGGUAAUUUUAUCGUUGGACUGGAGUACCCUACUUCUCUUGAUAUUGUCUCUAGUGACACCAUCUGGAGUCUUGCAUCUAAGGUCAAUGAGUUCAUAAUAGAUAAUAGACAAAAUAAAAUAUCGGAUCAAAUGAAUACUGCUAAGUUAUUGGAUAUUGCGGAUGUUCAAAGCUAUGUUAGGCAAAAAGUUGAAAAUUCAUAUGGUAUUGGGCCAGGGGCAGCCUUUGAAAUCACAAAUUUAGGGUAUAACACAUUUGGAGGCAAUUCUUCUGAUGAAGGAAAAAAAUACUAUGUUACAGAUGCGCUUUUUAAUCAACCACAAGGGUUUUCAAAUAUAUUCAACUGUAGUUUUGUAACAACACCAAUAGGUGGUUUGACAUGUAGUAUUAGUUAUCCUAAGAACCUUGUUGUUGAAAUGGAACCCAUUUGGGCUAAAGUCGAUGAAAUUGUUGAAAAUAUAUGCAAUCCUAAAUGA